AAUAAAGAAACUGCCGACGUUCUUAUUUCACAUGGUGCAAAUAUCAAUGAAAAAAAUAAAGAUGGAAUAACCGCUCUUCAUUAUGCAGCAAAGAAAAAUAGUAAAGAAACUGCCGAAGUUCUUAUUUCACAUGGUGCAAAUAUCAGUGAAAAAGAUAAAGAUGGAAUAACCGCUCUUCAUUAUGCAGUAAGUGAAAAUAAUAAAGAAACUGCCGACGUUCUUAUUUCACAUGGUGCAAAUAUCAAUGAAAAAAAUAAAGAUGGAAUAACCGCACUUCAUUAUGCAGCAAUGCACAAUAAUAAAGAAACUGUCGAGGUUCUUAUUUCACAUGGUGCAAAUAUCAAUGAAAAAAAUAAAAAUGGAAUAGCCGCUCUUCAUGUCGCAGCAAUGUACAAUAAUAAAGAAUCUGCCGAAGUUCUUAUUUCACAUGGUGCAAAUAUCAAUGAAAAAGAUAAAGAUGGAAGAACCGCUCUUCAUUAUGCAGCAAUGCACAAUAAUAAAGAAACUGUCGAGGUUCUUAUUUCACAUGGUGCAAAUAUCAAUGAAAAGGAUAAAAAUGGAAUAGCCGCUCUUCAUGUUGCAGCAAUGUACAAUAAUAAAGAAACUGUCGAAGUUCUUAUUUCACAUGGUGCAAAUAUCAAUGAAAAAAAUAAAGAUGGAAUAACCGCUCUUCAUUAUGCAGCAAAGAAAAAUAGUAAAGAAACUGCCGAAGUUCUUAUUUCACAUGGUGCAAAUAUCAGUGAAAAAGAUAAAGAUGGAGAUACCGCUCUUCAUUAUGCAGUAAGUGAAAAUAAUAAAGAAACUGCCGACGUUCUUAUUUCACAUGGUGCAAAUAUCAAUGAAAAAAAUAAAGAUGGAAUAACCGCACUUCAUUAUGCAGCAAUGCACAAUAAUAAAGAAACUGUCGAGGUUCUUAUUUCACAUGGUGCAAAUAUCAAUGAAAAAAAUAAAAAUGGAAUAGCCGCUCUUCAUGUCGCAGCAAUGUACAAUAAUAAAGAAUCUGCCGAAGUUCUUAUUUCACAUGGUGCAAAUAUCAAUGAAAAAGAUAAAGAUGGAAGAACCGCUCUUCAUUAUGCAGCAAAGAAAAAUAGUAAAGAAACUGCCGAAGUUCUUAUUUCACAUGGUGCAAAUAUCAAUGAAAAGGAUAAAAAUGGAAUAGCCGCUCUUCAUGUUGCAGCAAUGUACAAUAAUAAAGAAACUGUCGAAGUUCUUAUUUCACAUGGUGCAAAUAUCAAUGAAAAAAAUAAAGAUGGAAUAA